UAAGCCCCAGAAGAAUUACUCUUAUGUCUUUUGCAUUGUGCUGGAGCUUUGUCAAGUGUAUUUAGUCUGGUCCUGCAGCAGUAAGGAGGAAGAGAAGGACCAUGUUGUGGAAAUGGAUGAUUCUCGCCCUUUUGUCAAUUGUUGAGGGGUUCAGCUCCUGUCCAAGUGUCUGCACCUGUAGCUGGAUGCAUGAUAAUCUAACAGUGGACUGCGGAAGUGCAGGACUCAACUUUAUUCCAUUUGAUAUACCCAAGGCCGUCAACAUUCUGAAAUUAAGAAAUAAUUCAAUUCAAUUACAGUCAAAUUCCUUUAAGAAUACACCUGAUCUUCAAGUCCUCCAUCUUCAGAUGAACAACCUCAGUUUUCUCCCAAAUGGCUUAUUUUCUUGGGUUCCUCAGCUAAGAGGGCUUUAUCUCUUUAGCAACAAGUUGUCCCACUUACCAGAAAAUAUUUUCAACAAUGUUCCAAAUCUGGAAUAUCUCCUUCUUAAUGCAAACCAGUUAGUCAAUGUCUCUGAUCAACUUUUCUUCCCUCUGAAGAAACUCAAGACAUUAGUUUUGUCCAAAAACCAUUUCCAUGUGGUUUCUCCACAUAUUUUCCUGGGUUUGGGAUCAUUGAAAGUAUUGUCUCUGUCCUUCAAUCAUCUUUCUGUUCUCCCAGAGUCACUUUUUGAACCACUGCAUAAUCUCAGAAUAUGUUCUCUCAACAACAAUAGACUCGAGUCCCUCUCUGAGAAGAUCUUCUAUGGUUUGCGCAACCUGACCUGGAUAACAUUAGCAAAUAACAACCUUCGAGAGCUACCCCCUAAACUUUUCAGUCGCACGCCACUCCUAAAGCUCUUUCUCUACAGCAACCAACUGAAGAGGCUGCCGACAGGACUUUUGUAUUCGGUAAAGGACCUUACUAACUUGGAUCUACAUGAUAACCAGUUGGAGUUGAUGCCUGAUGGAAUAUUUGAGCCACUGGCUAAUCUCAGUACAAUCAGAUUAGAUCUUAAUCCUUGGAAGUGUGACUCUGGGAAUAAUUACCUUCGCUGCUGGAUCAAACAUCACCAAAACAUUGUCAAAAGAAGUAUCGGCAAAACUAACUCUGUGAUAUGUCACACGCCAAAGCACUUGGCAGGAAGUGCCAUGGUGAAUGUGACUGACACAGAGAUGGGAAAAUGUUAAACUUUGGAACUCAUUACCACCCAUCACAUCACUCACCCAGGAACUUAACAAUCACUUUAAUGUUGAACGAAUAUUCCUGCAACUGGAACAAAGCCAUAUUAACCUUUAACUAUUGUACUUCCUGUUACAGAAAACACCAUCAAUAUCACAAUCUAACUCAUCCUGAAGUUCAAUUAUUUCAAUUGUGUUAGAGAUGGGCAAUGAAACACUUUCCAUUUUUAAACCACCCAGGGCAUGUAUCAAGCAUUCUCAAGUUACAUGGUGAGAUGCAGAGUAAUGUCUCCCUGGGACAUCUCAUUCUCAGACAAGUGUCUGCACCAAAAUAACAUUUGUCCAGUUUAUGUACACUGUGUUCUACUUGGCAUUGCUUCUCAAUUAAGAAUUGUCUUAAGGGUCCUCAAAAUGGAAGUUCAACUUAAA